GAAGAAAUGAGGUUAUUAUUCCAUUAUUUGUUACAUGAAUUUUACAAAAAUUUUAAGUAAACCGAUUUUCAUAAACAUUGAUUACAUUAUUGAUACAAGUGACAAUUUAAAUUUACAUGGACUGCGCGUUGAGCAAGGUCAACAAAGCGCAUUAUCAUCAUGGCCUCAACAAUAAUAGAAUUCGCCGUUCAAUUAACGUGCAAUUCCUGCGUAGACACUGUUAAAAAAACCCUAUCUAAAGUGGAAGGUAUAGAGGACGUACAAGUUCAUCUGGAAGAGCAACGAGUGGUUGUGAAAAGUAAAUUACCCACAUUAAAAUUGCUGAAGCUUCUCGAGAGUACGGGUAAGAAAGUAGCUGUUAAAGGUUACGCAGGAGGACAAGCUGCUGUGUCUAUCCUAGAAGCUGGAGAUAGUAAUGUUAAAGGAGUUGUUAGAUUCAUUCAGCCCUCUUCGGAGGUUUGCAUAGUGGACGGAACCAUUGAUGGUUUAAAUGCUGGAUCGUACCGAACAUACAUAUACGAAUGUGGUGAUAUUUCUAAUGGUUGUAAUAACGUCGGGCAAGUUUUCAAUCCCACUGGUGAACCAGGCACAAAAAAUUACGGCGAUAUUGGACUGAUAAGUAGCGAUGAAAAAAACCGUUCGCAUUUUAGAUUCGAAAAUAACUCUCUUCGAGUGUCUGAUUUAAUUGGUAGAGCGUUUGUGGUAACAAAAAGUAAUACAGAAGGAACGGAGAAAAUUGCUUGUGGGGUAAUUGCUCGAUCAGCAGGUUUGUUCCAAAAUCCCAAGACAAUUUGUGCUUGUGAUGGAACUACGAUAUGGGAUGAAGCUGGGAAGAAAUCAACUUUGUAGUCAAUAUCAGAAGAAAUUGUAUAAGCUAUGUUCAACAAAAUCUACAUUACUGGAUAUUGUAGCAAUUGUUGACUUAGCAUUGUGAUAUUAGCAUUUUAAAUACGUUUACUAACGGAUAUAAUUUUGGAUUAACUUUGGUUGAUAAAAUACAAUAUGGUUAUAUUUUUUGUAAUAGUUUUAUUUUUUAAGUUUAUGGCUUUGUUAGUAGCCUACAUAGGUGUUAAUAAAUUGAGUGCCGAUACU